AUAUAUAUCCUGCAAAGUGACUCACCUCUCUGCAAUAGUGCCUAGAUCUCCUCCCAUCACUACCAUUUUCUCCUUCCUAUUUCUAUCUCUUUUUCUUUUUUGUAUCGUCUAUUUUCGUUUCUUAUAAUAGUCCUAGCUAAAACAAUGCCAAAAACAAAUCCAAAAAUGAUGAACAAAAGAGGAAAACAAAUAAUGUCAAGGCUACAAGUUGAUCAACUUGACCAAUUAAGAGACAUAUUUUCAAGAUUCGACAUGGAUGAUGAUGGUAGCCUAACUCAUUUAGAACUAGCUGCAUUAUUACGUUCACUGGGGCUAAAGCCAAAUGGGGAUCAAAUCCAUGUUUUAUUAGCCAACAUGGAUUCUAAUGGAAAUGGAGCUGUGGAAUUUGAUGAACUUGUGAAUGCAAUUAUGCCUGAUUUAAUUAAUGAAGAAAUGUUGGUGAAUCAAGGACAGCUUUUGGAAGUUUUUCGAUCGUUCGAUCGCGAUGGUAAUGGGUACAUUACGUUGGCUGAGCUAGCGGGAUCAAUGGCUAAAAUAGGACAGCCUUUAUCGUAUCGUGAACUAACGGAUAUGAUCAAAGAGGCUGAUGUUGAUGGAGAUGGUGUUAUUAGUUUUAACGAAUUUGCUACUGUUAUGGCUAGGUCUGCUGCGGAAUUUCUUGGGAUUCCUAUUUUGUAGUCUUAAGAACUGAGAUCGAUUCGUUCAUUUUUUAUAUCAAUCAGCUGUAUAAAGAUCAUAAUUUUCUGCUCAUCAAUGCGCUGAUUAUCCUAAUUUGUAAAUAGUUUUGGUUUGUUUUGAAUCGAUUAAUGGGAUAAGUAACUUUGUUUUUUUU